CUUCUGGUUCCUUUUAGUUCCCUCUCCAGAAUUCAACUAUAACGAUAACAAUAGCAAGAGCCUAUAGUAGCAGACUUUGAUACCCGUGAAUAUAACGCUGAGCAUCACCAUAGUCAAACGCCAGAAGCAGUGAGAGUAGGCGAAGACAUGAAGGAUGACAAAUCGAAAGAUCGCGUCAUUAUCCAUCAAACAACAAAUACUCGUGGAUCGAAUUGAUAAGGCGGCACAAAUAGCUCGCUACCAAGAGACACGCGCCAUUGACAGAAUCGAUUCUCUUAUACUUAAAACGUAUCUCCAGCGCAAAACGCAACAGUUGGCAAAACAAUUACAGCAUUGCAAGAACGCGGUUGAACGAGCACGUCAGAAGCAAAAUGGCGACAUGGCGCAUAUUGAAGCAGGGCCUUUUUUUUCAGAUAAAUUGGUGCACAACGAUUUUCCAUAAAUAUAUCAGCAAAAGACGGCUAACAUCUUGUUUUCUUUUCCUUCUGGUCAGGGUGAAUACUGGACUCGCAGACACAAAGGGGUCCUACAAGCCCGUUUUUGUCGUCUACGUCCAGUCUGUCAAUAUUGAGUGUGAGUUGGUCUCCGGGGAGGUAAAACCUUCAAACGUUAGCGUCGACCAAGCAGAGUCCGACCUAGUGAUGACAGGGAAAGAGAUGAAUCAGUUGUACAAUCGUCUCUUCAUGCUUGGUGUACAAAAACCUUCCGUCUGUGGUGUGCUUGUUGAAGGUUAUACGAUGAAAACCUCUAAGAUCGACGUUCUUGCACCAAAUAUUUACGAUCAACAAUACUCACCGAAACAGUAAUUUUUAAAACACGGAAGCAAUUUACCAGUAUCCCGAACCUUAUCGCUGCUUUCGUGCAAGUCAAGGUUAUUAGAGACCUCUAUACAAACAUGCAUGUGUAUUGCGCGCAGUGAGAAGUGUGCUCUGAAGAUAUUUCAAAUUAAGUGUUUGUGAAGUAAGAAUAAUACUGAACAAGUGUUAAAAUAUGGUAUCGCUGUUAUUACAGUGACUUGCUGCAUGCCUCUGCCACCCAACGUACAGCAGAGUUGUAUAUAGGUGCUCCAAGCGCCACUGGAUAUCUAGUUACCAAGCAGAAAGCAC